AUGGCGCAGCCGGAACAGGUGCUGGCAGGGUCUAUGGAGCGGUUCUAUGCAGAGGAGACACAACCCCAGGCCACGAUUGUGCACAGCGCCUUGAGGCCCUUUAUGCAGCCAUCAGCAACAGCAGACUUCAACUCCAGCUCCAGCAACCCUCAGGAAUGCGUAGUGAGCGCUAAUCUGAACCCUCCGCCAGUUAGUGAUGGUGAUGACUCAAAGUUCGAUGUGCCUGUUUCCAAACUGAUGAACCAGCUUGCUGAUGACAUGGUGAGUAAAUCAGUCAGCAGGUACGAGACAGGCAAGGGCUGGCUCCGUCAAACAUAUCAGACAGUAUAUGGCUUUGUGCAGUGCACAGAUGAUAUUGCAUGGGAGGAUUGCCGAGGUUGCCUGAAGGGCAUUAUAAACAACAGGAAGCAGAUGGUUGGUAGUGGCCAGAUGGGAGGUGCAAUCCUAGGGAUGUACUGCAGCUUGUGGUACCAGACUGAAGUUAAGUUCUUUGCUGGUAACCCGACGUUGUCAGUAGAUAUGCCCGUAGACCCCCCACCAAACAAAUUUUGGAUCUGGAUCACUAUUGGAUCAUUCUCCAUCGUGGUUUCUGUUUCUUGGUUGCUUGUUCAUAUAUGGAUCAGAACAGAGAGAAAAAGAGAACGAGCAAGAUAUGAAUUGCAAUUGCUGUCAAUGGCAAUACAAAAUGUUAUAAAUCUUUGGAGGAUUGAAGAAGGAAACUCAGGAUUUUCACUGUACAAUUUCUCUCAGAUAAAAGAAGCCACCGGCAACUUCUCUAGUGAAAACAAACUUGGACAGGGUGGCUUUGGACCUGUUUAUAAGGGCCUAUUGCUUGGUGGUGUUGAAGUAGCAGUCAAAAGGCUUUCAGCAUGUUCUGUACAAGGUUUACUAGAGUUCAAAAAUGAAAUUCAGCUGAUAGCAAAGCUUCAACACAAAAAUCUCGUUAGGUUGCUUGGCUGUUGUAUCGAAGGAGAUCAAGAAAAGAUACUCGUCUAUGAAUAUAUGCAAAACAAAAGCUUGGACUUAUUCAUAUUUGAUGUUAAGAAAGGAGUACAAUUGAACUGGUCUACGCGCCUACAUAUAAUUGAUGGAGUAGCACAGGGAAUCUUAUAUCUUCACAAACACUCGCGCUUAUGUGUUGUUCAUAGGGAUCUUAAAGCAAGUAACAUUCUCUUGGACAGCGACAUGACUCCCAAAAUUUCUGAUUUCGGGAUGGCAAGAAUAUUCAGCUCAAACAUGACAGAAUCAAAUACAACCAGAAUAGUAGGAACACAUGGCUACAUUUCUCCAGAGUAUGCCUUUGAUGGAGUUUGCUCAAUCAAGUCAGAUGUCUUCAGCUUUGGAGUCUUGGUCUUAGAAAUUAUAAGCGGAAAGAGGACUACUGGUUUCUAUCCAUAUGGUGGAAAAUCAUAUAAUCUCAUUUCAUAUCAUUGUUUGCUUAACAAAAGCAUACCAUUUUCUAAUAGGCUUGGAAACUUUGGAAAGUUGGAGAAUGGCGCCAACUCGUGUGUUGUCGUAUAUGAGAAGAUCAUGAGGUGA